CUUUUCAGAAAACCCACGCUCUCUCAAACAUCGGACUAUAUCACGACCUUUCAGAAAACCCUUUCUCACAUCUAUGAAGCAAAUCUCCCUCGCAGCCGUCCACCGAACUUGCCUUGAUCGCCAUCUCCGUCGCACCGUUUAGGUCACCGAGCUUGCCGCGUUCGCCAUCGCCCUCGCGCUGCUCAUGGAAGCUACCCUUCUUCAUCGCGACCAUUUUUAAGCCCCCAUCUGGAUUCCCAUCUUCCAUUUCAUAAGCUUUAGAUUAGAUCUUCUUCCUCAUGGGCGAGAAAGCGAGGAUAUUUUGAAUCCUUUAGUUCCCAUGGCUCUCAGACUCUCCGAGGUUCUCAUGGGUAGCCAAACUCUCUCUCUCUCUCUCUCUCUCUCUCUCUAUGUAUUCUCUUCGUGUUGUAUGUGCGGCUGCAGUCAUUGGGUUGCUGGUGUUGGUCAUUAUCAAAAGGGCAGGGCAGGGCAGAGGAACAGAGAAGAUAAAUUUGACAGAUCCAUGGUUGAGAAAAUUUCCGCUCAAAGCUCCCCAAAGCCGAACAUCGAUGCAAGGCGUGUGCCCCAGAUGAUGCAACAAACACUUUCGAUGCCAAGAAUUUGAUGGGAGAAGAAUCUCAGGGACUGUUCUACAAAGGCUGUCUCAGAGAUGGUUUACCGGUACAAGUGAAAUAUAUGAAAUUAAAGUAGAAGCAGUUGCCCCAAAACUUGAACUAGAGCUUGGAAGCCUUGUCAAAGCUGAGGCAUAGGCAUUUGGCUCACACAAGAUGCACUGUGCAUGGACAAAAACAAGAAGAUUGCUGAAGUAAGAUUUGCGUUUGUCGAGUUUGAUGUUAAUUUUGCAAGUCUUGUAGAAGGGCUUGCUGUUGCUGAUAUUGUUACUGGGAAGGGGAAUACAACAACUUGGAAAAUGUGCAAGAAGACAGAGCUAUGUCAACCCAAGAACAAAUUGAUAAAGUUGAGAAUUUGUAAUAAUUUGCAGAGUUCUACAGAUCUGUCGACAUCUGGAGAGGCAAGUGAAACAACCCCGACAAAAACAAAGAAACUUUUCGUUACUGGCCUAUCAUUUUAUACAUCUGAGAAAACCCUCCGAGCAGCAUUUGAAGGCUUUGGUGAGCUUGUUGAAGUUAAAAUAAUGAUGGACAAAAUUUCUAAACGGUCCAAAGGUUAUGCAUUCAUAGAAUACACCACGGAGGAAGCUGCUAGUGCAGCACUCAGAGAGAUGAAUGGCAAGAUCAUUAAUGGCUGGAUGAUAGUUGUUGAUGUUGCUAAGACUAGCCCUCCAAGAUACAGCAGGGGUCAGAGCAGAUCAGCAACCAGAUGAAGGAGAGACAUUUGUCACUAAGAAUUGAAUUAUUUUGUGGCCAGCAUCCUAAAUAUUGACAUUGAGUUCAUAUAAGGAACUUUGUCAGUACCACAAUAUUUUUGCAUCUUCAAAGAACUGACCUACAUAUUUUCUGCUGCAAUG